AUGGAGAUCUCAUUGGAGUCACAAGGAAACGUGGAUGACUUAAACCCACUGAUUCUUGCGUAUGUGUUCUCUGUUGGAGAUGAGCUACAUUUCUCUGUUCAUUCCUCUAAAUCUAUAUCCAUUGAUGAGCAAUAUUCGUUUCGUUCGGGUUUUUUUCUUAUAUACUUAACCACAAACACUCGUAUCUGGAAGGCUUUGCACAACGGAGAUGGAAACUUGAGUCUCAUCAAGAGUGUCCUUCAAGCAAAUACCGCGGAUACAGAGCAAUCUGUUUCUUCUAGGAAUUGGGGGAAUCAUGUGUUAGAUAUUAUACGAUCAGCGAAUUUGAACUCUUCUCAAGAAUCUGCAAUUUUGGCUUGCCUUGAGACAAGAGAAAUCCGCGACAAGACUAGUGUGAAACUGAUAUGGGGACCCCCUGGUACCGGUAACACAAAGACAGUCGCUACUCUUCUGUUUGCUCUUCUCAGCCUAAGUUGCAAAACAGUUGUGUGCACUCCUACAAACACGGCUGUAGUAGCAGUUGCAUCAAGGCUCUUGGCGCUAUUUAAGGAAUCUUCUUCAACAGAACAUUCUACUUACGGACUUGGCAAUAUUGUUUUAGUCGGAAACCGAGUCCGAAUGGGGAUAGACGAAAGGGGGAAUGAUGAUCUCCUCAACGUGUUUCUUGAUGAUCGCAUUAGUAAAUUGGGUGAACUGUUUUCGCCAUCGAAUGAAUGGGAACGGAGUUUGGAGGCAGUCAUAGAUAUUCUUGAAAAUGCUGAAUCUAGUUAUAAGAAAUAUCUGUUGCUAAGUGAAAGGAAGGAGAAUCAAGAAACUAAAAACAUUCUGACAGCAUUUGGAGAGUUUGUAAUGAAAAUGUUUCUUGGCUCGAAAGAAACACCGGAGAAGGAAGAAGAAAUCAUUCUUACAUUUGGGGAGUUUGUAAUGGAAAAAUUUGAUGGGUUAAGUGAAACAAUGAAGAAGAUCCAGAAGGAUAUGGUGGAUUUGUAUACACAUCUGCCUAAGUCCUUUCUAUCGUCUAACGAUGUGAAGAAUAUGAUCGUAGCCCGUCAAGCUCUUCGCCAAGCCAGAACUUUCUUGCAGGAGAAACAAGGAAGCUUCACAUUUGAUUGCUUCAACAAAUUUGUCUGUGUUGAUUGCCUUCGGACUCUACGUUUGCUAUCAAAACGUUUUGAGAUUCCAGCCUUGUUGAUGAAGGAGGAUAUAAGGACAUUCUGCCUACAAAAUGCACACAUAAUCUUUUGCACUGCCUCGGGUGCUGCAGAAAUGACCGCGGAACGGGCAGGGUCCAUAGACAUGCUUGUAGUUGACGAGGCGGCUCAACUUAAAGAAUGUGAAUCAGUUGCUGCAUUGCAACUUCAGGGUUUGCACCAUGCUGUUCUUAUAGGAGAUGAGCUUCAGCUACCAGCAAUGGUGCAAAGCGAGGUAUGUGAGAAGGCCAAAUUUGUGAGAAGCUUGUUUGAGAGAUUGGAUUCACUUGGCCAUAAGAAACAUUUGCUUAAUGUUCAAUACCGUAUGCAUCCCUCUAUAAGUCUUUUCCCCAACAUGGAGUUUUAUGGUGGGAAGAUCUCUGAUGCUGAGAUUGUUAAAGAAAGCACCUAUCAAAAGAGGUUUCUUCAAGGAAACAUGUUUGGCUCUUUUUCGUUCAUCAAUGUAGGACUUGGGAAAGAAGAGUUUGGUGAUGGACAUAGUCCUAAGAAUAUGGUUGAGAUUGCAGUAGUUUCUGAGAUCUUAACCAAUCUUCUCAAAGUGUCAAGUGAGACAAAGACGAAGAUGAGUGUUGGUGUUAUUUCACCUUAUAAAGCUCAAGUUAGUGCAAUCCAAGAGAGAAUCGGAGAUAAGUACACCUCCGUAUCAGAUAACCUUUUCACUUUGAAUGUCCGGUCGGUGGAUGGGUUUCAAGGAGGAGAAGAAGACAUCAUUAUCAUAUCCACCGUUAGAAGCAACUGUAACGGAAACAUAGGGUUCCUCUCUAACCGUCAAAGAGCCAACGUUGCACUGACUCGUGCAAGGCACUGUUUAUGGGUGAUUGGGAACGAGAGAACUUUGUCGCUGAGUGGUUCGAUUUGAAAAAGCUUGUAAGGGACUCGAAGAGACGUGGAUGUUUCUAUGAUGCUGUUGAUGAUAAAAAUUUGAGAGAUGCCAUGAACAAUGCUCUUCCCAAGCACAAGGUCGACAUGUCUGAUGUGUAUUCGAGUUUUCGAUCUCUUUCAAUCAGGAAAGAAAGAAUAAAUGCUCGGUAGCUCCUCUUUUACCAAUGUAUCUAUGAAUGGUUUUUAUUUCUCUUUUUGUGACUUCGAUAUCUAUGGAUAGAGGAUAGUAUGG